AUGAAAAGUUUAUUUGCUCUAGUUCUCCUUGCUACCUCCUCUUUUGUCGCUGCAGGGCCUUGCGACAUCUACGCCUCAGGUGGCACUCCAUGUGUCGCUGCUCACAGUACGACUCGCGCGCUUUUCAACAACUUCAGUGGCGCGCUUUACCAAGUAAGGCGCGGCUCUGACAAUGCAACGACAAACAUUUCACCAUUAUCCGCUGGAGGCGUCGCUAAUGCUGCCACACAAGAUGCCUUCUGCGCUUCAACAACUUGCCUCAUCACCACCAUAUUCGACCAAACUGGACGCGGCAAUCACCUUAACCAGGCCCCACCUGGCGGGUUUAGCGGUCCCGAACCCAAUGGAUUCGACAACCUCGCCAGCGCUACUGGUGCUCCAGUGACAUUAGGCGGCCACAAGGCAUAUGGUGUCUUCAUUUCUCCUGGCACUGGAUACCGCAACAACGCUGCUAAAGGCACAGCCGUAGGCGACCAGGCUCAGGGCAUGUAUGCUGUCUUCGACGGGACCCAUUUCAAUGGUGGCUGCUGUUUUGACUACGGCAACGCAGAGACAAGCAGUCGCGACACAGGCAAUGGCCACAUGGAGGCCAUUUAUUUCGGCAGUUCGACGACCUGGGGAACUGGAUCUGGCAGUGGUCCUUGGAUCAUGGCCGAUCUAGAGAACGGUUUAUUCUCUGGCGUCAAUGUCCACCUCAACACUGGAGACCAGACGAUCAAUGACCGCUUCGUCACUGCCGUCGUCAAAGGGGAGCCUGGUCACUGGGCCAUUCGUGGGGGAAAUGCUGUUUCAGGGUCGCUCGCAACGUUCUGGGACGGUUCGCGUCCCAGUGUUUCCGGAUACAAUCCCAUGUCGAAAGAGGGAGCUAUCAUUCUCGGAAUCGGUGGUGACAACAGUAUCGGCGCACAAGGCACAUUCUACGAGGGAGUGAUGACAUCAGGAUACCCUUCGGAUGAUACUGAGAACUCAGUGCAAGCCAACAUUGUAGCUGCAGGUUAUGCCACGGCUUCGUUGACCAGCGGCCCCGCUCUCACCGUUGGUUCCUCCAUCUCCUUCCGGGCAACCACAGCCUGUUGUACGACGCGCUUCAUCGCGCACACCGGCAGUGCCGUUAACACCCAAGUCGUCGACUCCUCAAGCAGUACCGCACUCAAGCAGCAGGCGAGCUGGACGGUACGCACCGGCCUGGGAAACAGCGCGUGCUUCUCGUUCGAGUCAAGAGACACCCCUGGAAGCUUCAUCAGGCAUGCCAACUUCGCCCUCGUUGUGAACGCUAACGACGGCAGCAAGCUGUUCUCCGAAGACGCAACUUUCUGCCCACAAGCAGGGCUCAAUGGCCAAGGCAACACAAUCAAAUCUUGGAGCUUCCCCACACGCGCCUUCCGUCACUUCAACAACAAUCUCUUCGUCGCCAGUAAUGGCGGUGUUCAUGACUUCGACUCCCCUACCCUGUACAAUGACGAUGUCAGUUUCGUAAUCAGCGCCGGUUUUGCUUGA